GCGCGGCUGUUCGCAUACUUGCUUCCCUAUGUAAAUUAAUCCUCCCAUUUGUUAAAUAUGUCUGCUUCUGCUGGGAAUUUGGCAUUGGUUUGGGAUGACCUAAAAAGUGGUUUCGACGCUAUAUUCAGGCUGGAGACAAUCAAAAGAAAAAGAUACAUGGAGCUUCAUACUCAUGUUUACAAUUACUGUACAUCAGUCGACCCGAAAUCUCAUGCAACCCCCAGUAGGAAUGCUAUAGAAACUGAACCUGGGGGGAAAUUAGUAGGUUUUGAACUGUACAAAAAGUUGCGCAAUUAUUUAAAGGCUCAUGUCCACUCCUUGAAGCUAAAAGGAAAUAAUCUAGUCGAUGAAGAAACUCUUUCAUAUUUCGAAAAGGCUUGGACAGAAUUCCGUUUUGCAUCCAGAGUUCUGGAUGGGGUUUGUAAUUACUUGAAUAGACAUUGGGUUAAACGAGAAUGUGAAGAGGGACGAAAGAAUGUUUAUGUCGUUUAUACACUUGCACUGAUAACGUGGCGCGAACAUUUACUAAAACCUCACGCUAGGGUUUUAAUCAGCGCAAUUCUUCGUGAGAUCGAACGUGAACGACGUGGAGAAAUUUUAUCUACCUUACGACUAAGAAAGAUUAUUGAGUGCCUGGUUGAGUUGGGUAUUACGUCUGACCAACAGUCUUUCUCAACAUCUACGUUGACUGGAACUGCUUCAUCACCUAGUGAACCCUUGCCAUAUCUAAUGAAACCUUUUAAAUCUCCUAAUUUUCCCCCUAAACCUAGUGGUUCUACUUUAAAACCAAAUAAGUCUGAAGUGGAAUCCAGCUUCCAGGGCACAUCAAAUAAAACCACCCCAAAUUUCCGAGGUCCACUUCAUUCCGGAGAUCCAGUGGAUGAAUCGACUCCCAAUACUCCUAGUGCGACAUCAUCAUUGACAUCGGACACGCGAACCAAUCUAUCAGUUUAUCAGGAAUACUUUGAACGACCAUUUUUGACUGAAACUGAACGGUAUUACCGAUUAGAAAGUGCUCAGUUUUUGCAGUCAAACACAGUACCCGAAUACCUUCAAAAAGUGGAAACACGAUUAAAUGAAGAACGUAUUCGUGUUCAAACUUAUCUACAUAUAAGUACACUUCCCAAAUUAAUUAGAUCUUGUGAACAUUAUCUAAUUGGUGAACAUAUAGAUCGGUUAACAUCUGUCUUCUCAGAUCUUUUCAAUGAAGAUAGAGAGGAAGAUAUAUGGCGAAUGUAUCGCUUAGUUGGUCAUUUUCCUAGUGGAAUACGUGUUCUUGUCUCUGUCAUGGAAGAUCAUGUUGCUGAUAAAGGAUGGGAAGCUAUCCGUCAAGUGGCUGAAGCUGCUUUAAAUGAUCCCAAAUUGUAUAUUGAUACAAUAUUAAAAGUUCAUCAAAAACAUUAUAAUCUUGUAUUAUCCGCCUUCGCUUGGGAUCCUGCAUUUUCACGUGCCUUAGAUAAAGGGUGUGAACGUUUUAUAAAUCGUAAUGCUGUCACUGAAUUAGCUGGAAAUCAAAGAAAAUCCCCUGAACUUUUAGCUAAAUAUGCAGAUUUCUUAUUAAAGAAAAGUGCGAAAGAUAUUCAAUUGGAUGAUUUAGAAGAAACACUUGGACAAGUAAUGAAUGUGUUCCGCUAUAUUGAAGAUAAAGAUGUCUUUCAAAAAUUCUAUAGUAAAACACUGGCUCGCCGUUUAGUUUAUAAUCAAUCUGUAUCCGAGGAUGCUGAAGCUUCUAUGAUUUCUAAAUUAAAAGAAGCUUGCGGUUUUGAAUACACCGCGAAAUUACAACGGAUGUUUCAAGAUGUUAAUGCUACUAGAGAAUUGAAUGCGAAAUUUUCAGAUUAUUUACAAAAACAAGAAGAAGCCAAUGGAAGCACAAUUAAAGGAACUGAUUUUAAUAUCAUGAUUCUUAGUUCAAACGCAUGGCCAUUUCAAGCUCAAGGACCUUUUUCUAUUCCUCCUGAAUUGGAACAAUGUCACAAUACAUUUCUUGCUUUUUAUCAAGAACAUCAUACUGGUCGUAAAUUGACAUGGUGUUAUCAUUUAUCACGUGGUGAAGUUGUGACUAACUAUACUAAGACUAGAUAUAUAUUUCAAGUUUCAACGUACCAGAUGUCUGUUUUAAUGUUGUAUAAUUCAUCAUUAGUGUACACGGUGUCAGCUAUUCAACUACAAACUGGUAUUGAAGAAGCUACAUUAUUACAAAUUCUACAGAUUUUACUUAAAGCUAAAGUAUUGAAAAUUGUAUCCGAUCCAAAAUGUGAAAUAGAUCAAUCAACUGUAAUCAGUGAUGAUUCGAACGAAUCAAAUUUAUCACCGGAUACACACUUGGCGCUAUAUACAGAUUAUAAAAAUAAACGCGUUCGAGUUUAUUUGAAUGUUCCUUUGAAAAGUGAAACGAAACAAGAAAUUGAACAGACUUUAGGGAAUGUAGAAUCUGAUCGAAAAUUAAUUGUUCAGGCUUGUAUAGUACGUAUUAUGAAGACUAGAAAAGUAAUGAAACACCAUCAAUUGAUCUCGGAAGUUGUUACACAAUUAACACCUCGAUUUAAACCCACUGUAUUAUUAAUUAAACGAUGUAUUACCGCUCUCAUUGAAAGAGAAUAUAUUAAGCGAGAUAACAAUGAACGAGAUGCUUAUGAAUAUUUGGCUUAAUUUUCCCUACUUGUAUGCUGUUGCUCGUGUGUGUAUGUGUGUUUGCAUUCUGUGGGCUUUCUAAUAAACCAGUUUUAUUUUCGUUCAUAAUUUGCAACGAUUGUUUCAUUCUAAUUUGUUACUUUUUCUCUUUACAACAAAUCCAUACUGGACUUGCUUGUAUUUUACAGCAUUCUGCACUUUGAAAAUAUCUCAGAUGUUCUUUUUUUUUGUCACUGAUGACUAACUACCUUGUUUCAGUUUCCCUUUUCUAUUUUUUGAAUGUUCGCCUGAUAAGACGAACGUAUUUCGUCAAAUUACUAUGGUAAUAUUUCGGUAUGGUUACGCUUUUGAAAUGGAUGUGUUUCGCCAGCGUUCCAUACAUAUUUAAAGGAUCGAAAAAUGAUACACUGUUUUAUGCAAACAUUCACGUUAUCAUAUUUUUGCUAUUCUAGUUGCUUCCAGUUCCUCUUCACUCUUUCAUAUUGUACCUAUGUUAUUGUUUCAUUAUACAUAUGUUUAAACAUCCCCCUACCAUCCAUAAAGUUAUGAUGUGAUUCGAAAGUAAAAGUGGGCGAAACACUUCUGUCAUCCGAUUCUCUAAACUUAUUCGAGACAAUUCGAUAGAGUCGUUUUUGAGGAACGUUUCGCUUAGAGACUUGUCAUUUUUGAUAUACUUCAGUAUCGUGUGUGGUGGACCAAAAAUAUAUCAAUUACAACAAUAAUGAUACAGUUAUUGCGUCAAAAAUUAAUGUGUUAAUAUAUCAAAUAUAAAUUAUACACACAGAAUAAAUGUACAGGACGUUAUUUAAGUUAUCCGGUAAUGGCGUGUUCGAAUUUCUUUUGGACUGGUAAUCCGCAGUUACAAGUAGUUGAUAAUUUCAUUUAUAAUGAAAAUAUCACUGUGAUAUGUAAUUGUAUAUUGCAAAUAUAUUAGGGUUCUGUCAUCAUAACAAUGGGUAAUUGGGAAGAAGGAACAUUUGUGUGCAGCAGUGUAUUUGUGGGCGAUAACCAGCGUGUCAUGUUAUGCGGGAUUAAAAAAC